UUGUGUAUCCUGCCAUUUUGCGGCAAAGCAAACCACGUUUUCACGUUGGAAAGUUCAGGCUGGCCAACACGAUAUAAUUUAGCCAUUGUUACCUGUUUAAACGCCUCUACAUGGACGUACAACUUGAAGGGAAGGGUGAUCCUUCUUCAGAGGAAAAUGGAGACCAAGAGACGGCCAGAAAAGCACGAGAUCAGCCGUCAACUCGCGGCGGCAGCGUUGGUGGCGUGCCCGCACAAACCUACGAGGCAGUAGACGGGACCACUGUAGUCAUUCCUCGGGGGAAGCCCAAGUCUGGGAAAUUUUGGAAAACUGUGCGAUCGGAAAGACAUUCAAACAUCAAAAAAGAUAAACCCUUGAGGACCACCUGGAACAAGAAGAUGCAGCAAAGAGCAGAAAAACAGUCCAUCAAGUCCUUUGAAAAGGAACUGAAAGAGCUGAAACAGAAACAAUUGGAGGAGAAAAGAAAAAGACAAGAGGAACACAAGAAACACAAGCUUGAAAAUGAGAGGAAAUCAGAGAUUGUACAGCCUAUCAAGAACACAGCAAAGAUCAAGAGGAUGAAGAAGAAGCAGUUGAGACAGAUACAGAAACGGGACACUGGCAACAUUGGGAGGGUUGUUAAUGAAGUUAAAUAAAAAUGUGAUGAAUAGCAAAUCUAUGAUAUAGCAUUUCAUACAUGUAACUAAACUUCUAAACUUUUAA